CAGGAAGUUUGCUCCUCUCCGGCCGCCGUCCUCUCUCCGUACUUCCCGUACACACUGACAGGGAACAUGCUGACCCUGCUGAGGUGCCGGCUACCGGGGGGCCGCUACUCCUGGAGAGUGAGGGCGGCUUCGGGACUGAGCAGCAGCCAGGAGAGUCCGGAGCACAAGAAAUACCGAGACACCGUGCUGCUCCCCCACACCGACUUCCCUAUCCGCCGCAGCCCAGAGGACAUCGUCACCACCGAGCGCCGCCUGCAGGAGGAGUGUAACUUCCUACAACUUUACAACUGGCAAAGAACCAGAAAGAUCAAGAAGGAGUUCAGCUUGCACGAUGGACCGCCCUAUGCUAAUGGGGACCCCCACGUUGGACACGCACUGAAUAAGAUCCUAAAGGACAUUACAAAUCGUUUCCAUAUGAUGCGGGGGUACAAGGUUUCCUAUGUUCCAGGAUGGGAUUGUCAUGGGUUACCAAUAGAACUAAAAGCCCUGGCUGACCUUGGAGACAAAGCCGACAAUCUGACACCUAUGGAAAUCAGAAGUAGAGCCAAGGCAUUUGCAGAAAAAGCCAUAGAGAAGCAAAAAUCAUCAUUCAUUCGCUGGGGAGUGAUGGCAGACUGGGAAAAGUGCUAUUGCACCUUUGAUAAGAAUUACGAGGCAAAACAGUUGGAUGUCUUCAGCAAAAUGCAUGAAAAGGGGCAUAUUUAUCAGGAUUACAGACCUGUGUUUUGGUCUCCAUCAUCAAAAACCGCACUGGCUGAAGCAGAACUGGAAUAUAACCAGCAACAUGUCAGCAGAUCUAUCUAUGCAAAGUUUCCUUUGCAGAAACCUCCACCCAAUCUGGCAUCUGUAAUAGAUGGCACCAUGAAGGUUAGUGCUCUGAUUUGGACAACGCAACCAUGGACCAUUCCUGCUAAUCAGGCUAUCUGUUAUAUGCCGGCUUCAUCAUAUUCUUUGGUGAAGUGCCUGACAUCAGGAGAGCUUUAUAUUCUGGCUACUGAACUUACUGAUUCCACAGCACUUUCCCUGGGAACGAAGUUUGAAAUAAUUUCAACAUUUAAAGGAACAGAUCUUGAAAACGGGCUAUGUGAUCAUCCCACAAUACCAGGAAGGCUUUCUCCAUUUGUCCCAGCCAAUCAUGUCACCAUGGGAAAAGGUACAGGCCUUGUGCACACUGCACCUGCCCAUGGCAUUGAAGACUACAGUGUCGCUUCUCAUCAUAAAUUAUCAGUGGACUGCUUGGUGGAUGAAGCUGGUUGCUACACUUCUGGAGCAGGGGCUGAUUUAGAAACCAAAGCUGUACUUGAAGAUGGCAAUGAAGCUGUCAUACAGAUGUUACUAAGUUCCAAGAACCUUCUAAAGGAAGAGAGUUUUGUACAUAGCUACCCAUAUGACUGGAGGACCAAGAAGCCUGUUAUUAUUCGUGCCAGCAAACAGUGGUUUGUCAGCACCGCCAACAUUAAAGACAAAGCUCAGGAAGCUUUAAAGAAAGUGAAGUUUGUUCCGGCCUCAGCCACCAACCGCAUGUUAAAAAUGCUAGAAGAACGAACAUACUGGUGUAUAUCGAGACAGCGUAGUUGGGGAGUCCCAAUCCCAGUGUUUUAUCACAAGGAGACGCAAGAGCCACUGAUGAACAGGCACAGCAUUGGGCAUAUCAUUAAACUGGUGGAGCAGCAUGGUAGUGAUGUAUGGUGGACACACCCUAUAGAAGAAUUACUUCCAAAAACCGUGCUCAAACAGGCAGGUAGCAGCGUUGAAGUGUUGGAGUAUGAGCCUGGACGGGAUGUUUUGGACAUUUGGUUCGACAGUGGAACAUCAUGGGCUCAUGUGUUGGAAGAUGCAGAGCAGAGAGCAGAUGUGUAUAUUGAAGGCAAGGACCAGCUCGGAGGAUGGUUUCAGUCUUCUCUCCUCACCAGUGUGGCUUCCAGGAACAAAGCACCAUAUAAGAAUGUGAUAGUCCAUGGAUUCGUUCUGUCUGAAACAGGAGACAAAAUGUCUAAAUCCGUUGGAAAUGUGGUGGACCCAGAUGUCGUCAUAAAUGGGGGGCAGGACAAAACAAAGGAGCCGGCCUAUGGAGCUGAUGUCCUACGCUGGUGGGUAGCGGAGUCCAAUGUCUUUACUGAAGUUCUCAUUGGGCCUACAGUACUGAAUUCAGCACGGGAGGAUAUCAGUAAGCUGCGGAACACACUGCGCUUCAUGUUGGGUAACCUGUCUGAGUUCAGCCCAGAAACGGACUCCGUGCCCGGCCCAGAGAUGUACAUCGUAGAUCAGUACAUGCUGCAUAUGCUACAGGACUACGCCAGCAAGGUAACAGAGGCCUAUAAGAAUUACGAGUUUGGAAAAGUUAUUCGUCUGCUGGAGGCCCUGAUCACCAGAGACCUGUCAAGCUUCUACUUCAGUAUAAUAAAAGACAGGCUUUACUGCGAGGAGGCGAAAGAUCCCAAGCGCCGCUCCUGUCAGACAGUCUUGGCUGCGGCUUUGGAUAUUGUGGUACGCUCAUUUGCACCCAUCCUUCCACACCUUGCAGAAGAAGUGUUCCAGCAUUUGCCUUAUAACAAAGAAAACCAAAGUGUUUUCCAUGGAGGCUGGAUAGUGCCCAACUCUGUGUGGAGGAAACCUGGCCUUGUAGAAGCUGUGGAGGCCGCUUGUUCCAUUAGAGACAUCUUUCUGGGUGCCAUUCCGGGAAAGAAUACCGCUGAGUAUGAACUCACAGUUGUCAUUGAACCUGGACUGUUGUUUGAGUUGAUGGAGACGCUGCAGAUGGUGGAGACAUCCAGCACAUCACAGCUCAAUGAACUAUUAAUGGUGUCUCAGACCAGCCUCGUGACAGAGUUACCAUUGGAUCUACAAGCAGGGGCCAUUGUGCUCAAUGGAUCUUUCCUUAUCAACUUAGAAGGUGGGGACAUUUGUGAGAACGAGUCGUAUAAAGUUGUGAUUCAGAAAAGUACCAAAGAGCGCUGCCCCAGGUGCAGGAAAUACGUCGCCACCUCCGCACUGACGCCUUGUCCACGGUGCCUGGAAGCCAUCGCUGGGAAAUAGAGCAAGUGAUACCAGAGGACUCAGGAAUAUAAUACAUAUGUCUGCAGACUAUUAAAUGGUAAUAUGGGCCUCUCUUAUCUGUAAACACCUAAGGACUGCAGUAGCUGCAAAGGAAAUACCUGCAGAAGCACUAAUGGCCUCUAGGGGGCAGAACAAUCACUGAAAGGCAUCACUUGGUCAUUAAGGCUCUAAUCACCUUUGAUGUUUCAGGCUGGCAAUGCAUGAUGGGAUAUGAAACCCCCAAAUAAGUGCAAAGCCAUUAUUUAACCAAGUCUGGUAUACAUAUGCCAAGCAUUUCUUAAGUUAUUGAAAAGGAAAUGUAUUACCCUGCAGUGGACUUGUCGCAUGAAAUGGAAGCAUCUAUUUUCUAGGCUGGACAUAUAUUCAUUCAGCUGCCUCUAUUUCAAAUAAAUUCAGCCUGUAAAACGUCUGCUUGCAUAUCUGUGUUGGCUGUUGGGCCUCAAGCACACUUGUGCUCACAAAUGUUGCUUUUCCAGGCAUUUCUCCCUCUGCCUGAUGCACCUGCUAGGUGCAUUUGGCGCUUGAGCAUUUUUUAUUUCAAUGGCCAAAAUAAAUGAAUAUUCGAGCCAAUGCAAUAAAUGCCUGAGCAUUUGACGCUCCUAAAUGCUUUCGCAAAAAUGCGUUUUUAUAGCCGCUCCCGCCAGAAAGCGUUGAAAAGCCCCAGUGUGCACGAGGCCAAAGAGUUUCCUAAUCAAUGUUUUUAAGUUCUUUGGAUUAAAAAAAAAAAAAUGACAAACUGACAACCCGUGUACCUGAACAAAGGCACUUUGGGGUUGGCAGUUAUUUUGUUUUAUACUUUAGUUAUAAUUUACUUUAUCAGGAGGAUGUGAUCAGAUAAUGAGGAAUCAUAGUGGCUGACCAGAGCCGGGUGUGCAGUGUAAAAUUCCUCCUUCUGUUGUAUGUUUUUUAUACAGUCUCUAGAAUCUGCAGAUCUAUUUUUGUUUAAUAUGAUAUUAAACACUAAGAUGAUAAUUAGGCCAUAUUUUCUUGGUAAAUUAAUAAAUAAGUUAAUAUCGAA